GUCACACACACACACACACACACACACACAGGGCAGCGCGAGGACGAGUGAGGGGGGUGGUGGGGACGAGUGUUGAAGACGACGGGUGAGAAUGCGGGCGUCGGCAGAUGGCUGGGUCGGUGCGGUGGUGGUGGGGUUGUUGCUGGGGUCGCUGCGUGUUCAGGCGGCUGAGGUGCAGACCUGCCCCGCCGGCCAGCGCUGUCAGUAUCGUGACGUGGGCUGCGGGUAUGGCGUCAAGGUGCAAGCGGACCACACCUACCUCGACCUAAUUCCUCCUUUUUGCGGCAAGGAGUGCUUCUGUCGCGUCGAAACGAUUCAAUCGGAGAAAAUUGUCUUUCCCACCGUCCCUCGCUCGGGCAACACGUGGUCUCGCAGCAUCCUCGAAAUUAUCACGGGCCGUGCCUCCGAGUCAAUCUUUUCUGAAGGCCGCAACAAAAGCAACCCCGUAGCACGCCGUGCCUCGGGCUUUUACGCCCGUGCGUGUGGUCAGACACAUCUCUGCAAGGAUGUGCGCGCCAACAAGAUGGAAGACAUUGCCAUCAUCAAAACACAUCACCCGUGGAUUCGCAAAAACAGGUUCUCCGUCCCCGGCAUUGGAACCAUGCUGCUCAUGACUACACGCAACCCCCUUGACAACUAUCUCGCACUCAUGCGCUAUAGUCCCAACAAAAGCAUUGGGCCACGUGCCUUUGCCAUGCGCUGGAACAACUUUUUCAACUUUUGGCUGAAGGAGAACGUGCAUCGCAAUUUGCCUCUACAGGUGAUUCGCUUUGAGGAUUUGGUCAAUCGGGAAACUCGCAUCAAUGCUUUUUGGCAUUUCAUCCAAAUGUCUGGGCUUGAUCGACAGUUGAAUAUCGAUCGUGACCGCGUGGUCCAGUCCAUCGAUCACGACCUUGUUGCAGUAGCAGAAAACAACCACGUUGGCUUCAAGUCGCUUCUUGAGGGAUGGAAGAAUCACAAGCUGGCCGACGUUGAGGCUGCACUUGCAUCUGCCGGCGAUUGGCUUGAUCAGUUUGGAUACACUCGUUUGUACCAGUAUUGGCGGACUUGUUUGCGCGAUGAUGUUGACGAGCACGGCCAGACCUGCAGCGCAGGCGGUCAUCAAAAAGAGCUGGAGGCUGUUGAGCUUGAUCUUUUCAAGUGGCGCGAACACUACACCGCCACUCCCACUCGCGUGCACCCGUAGAGCGGUGACUCGGAAGUAUUUUUUUGUGUCAGUGACGAGUAGUGGCAAGAAGCCCGGAAUGACAGAUUCAUCAACUCGCGACUUUUUUUUGUUACUGUACAUCCCUGCUAGGGAAGAAUCUAGUCUUUGUGAGGCA